CAUGCUAAUAAAUCAUGGUCGCAUGACUUGAAAAUGGAGUAUUUGUGUUUUGUUGCUCGGCUGCUUGUUGAACCAUAGAAGAAGAUAUAUCUAUAUAUCUAUCUGCUUCUAUAUCUAUAGUUGAACUUGUUGUAUCAAAGUCCGCAUGGAAUAUAUAAGAUCUUAGAUUAUAUGUAUUUGUUGUGAUUCGUUACUACCAUUGGGUCAUUAAUGAAAGGAAUCAUAUUUAACUUGUAUAAAAUGUCUUUGAAAUCGCCAUAUUUCACGCCUCGUGUAACAAGAUCAACAACAACAAGAAAAAAGAAAACAAAUGCGAUGCCAGUAGUACAACAGGAAAUGCACCAGAUGUUACCAGAUGAUCAUCAUCAUGUUACAAAAUCUCAAUUAGAAACUCUACCGAAGAGAAUAAGGAAAAGGAUGCAUCUAAAAGUUGAAGCGACGUCUGAAACGUUGAUAGAAUUUGAAAGUAAAACGGGUAAAAAACCAAAAUUAUACAAUUACAAGACUAGCCAAAAAAUAAAGAUGGAACCAAUGUUACCCGAAAACGAAAUGGUGGCGUCUACUGGGAUUAGCAGUGCUAGUAAUGCUAACCAAGUGACUCGUAUAACAGUCACUGAACUGCCUCAAACUAGGGUAAAACAUGAAAAAUGCAAACAAUGGCACCCAGCAAACUGGCAGCAACAGCUGGCAAACAUGAGGGAGAUGAGAAAGAACAGAGAUGCUCCAGUAGAUAGCAUGGGUGCAGAAGCAUUGCCUGACAAAUUCGCUCCGCCCGAGGUGUUUCGCUAUCAAGUGCUUGUAUCCUUAAUGCUGUCAAGUCAGACAAAGGAUGGGGUAACUGCAGCAGCCAUGAGGAGGCUUAAAGUUCAUGGACUGACCAUUGAUAAUAUUAUACAAACGCCUGAUAAAAGGCUUGGAGAACUAAUUUAUCCUGUUGGUUUUUGGAAGAAGAAGAUUAUGUACAUCAAAGAUACUGCCAUGGUAUUAAAGGAGGAAUACAACACGGAUAUUCCCAGUUCUGUGGAACAACUCUGUAAGCUACCAGGAGUUGGACCAAAGAUGGCAUACCUUGUCAUGCAUAUUGCGUGGGGACAGACAGUUGGUAUUGGUGUAGACACACAUGUACACAGGAUAUCAAACAGGCUGGGCUGGGUUUCGAAACCCACAACCAGGCCAGAAGCUACAAGGAAAGCUCUUGAAGAUUGGCUACCUAGGGAAAUGUGGGAUGACGUUAACCUGCUAAUGGUGGGAUUUGGCCAGCAGACUUGCUGUCCUGUCAACCCCAAGUGUGCAACUUGCCUCAACAGAGAUAUCUGCCCAUAUGGAAAGAAACAGUGCAAGGUUAUAAAAUCGGAAAAUAACGGCAGUUUUUUCGACGACGACGCGUCCCCGCGGCAAAUGGAAUAGCGGAGACACUGCUCACGCAAUUAUCGGUGCGAUGGCGACGGGCGACGCAAGCGAACAGCGUGGGGGGAAAAGUUUUUGCGAGCACAACCUCGGCGAGCUUAUCGUAUAAUAGUAUAGAUAUUUUACUUUAAAAGAGUUUAAAAAAGUAAAAAAAGUAAAAAAAGUAAUAUUUUAAUUAAAGAAAUAGGUUUCAUAUAAAUUCAGUUGAUGCAAUAACAAAUUAGGGCACAUGAAUGGUCAUUGGUCAUAGAUACUCAUGAUAAUAUCAAUUUUUCUUUAUUUAUAAUAUUUUAUUUGCAUGUUUUGGCAGGCACAUAGAUUACAUUAAGUAUUGACUAGAUAAGCAUAUAGCUACUCAAUUUUUAGAUCAUACCAUUGGAAGCGUAAGCAUUUGUGUGUGGUACACUUUGCAAUGAUAAAUUUGCAAGUUGAUAAAUAUUUGUUUGCUUAAAAUCUAGGUAACAUCAAAAAGGGGUCAUUCUUCUAGAACAUCAAUAAAUAUUUGUUUAGAUACAAAAUUUUUACGUAA